AUGGCUCCGGAAUACAUCGUCCACGGGCAGCUCACGGAGAAGGCCGACAUCUACAGCUACGGCGUGCUGGUCCUCGAGAUCAUCACCGGCUGGAAGAACCACAACUCGGUGGCGUCGUCGGCCGAGGGACUCUCCCUCAUGUGGCUGAUAUGGAAACACUACAAUGCCGGUACCCUGAUGGAGCUCUUGGACCAGAACCUCCGGGAUCAAUGCUUGGACGGCGAGGCUCUCAAGGUGUUCCAUGUCGGGCUGCUGUGUGUGCAGGCAUCCCCGAGCCUCAGGCCGCCGAUGUGGAAGGUGGUGGAGAUGCUGGGCAGCAGGAACAGGACGCUGCCCAGGCCUACCCACCCUCCGUUCAUCGAUGUAAAGGGGUCGAAUGCAAAGAGUGACAGCCCAGGAUCAUUAGUGUCUCUGAUGGCAAACUCCGACAAGUCGCCGUUCUCGCUGAACCAGCUGUCAGUGAGUGGGGUGGAGGCCCGGUGA